CAAAUUAAAUAUACAAACGGGCAAAAUCGAAAAACCUUGCUCAAGAUUUGCACGCGACCUUCGUCUCUCUUCUCUUCUCAGUUCUCAUGGUAGUUGGGGAGGCGGCGGCGAACCCAGAUGCACCCCAUGCUCCCAGAUCCGCGUACUGUCGCUAACCCUAGCAGCGUUCCCCCUCCCAAUGCGCCCCUCCUAGGGCUCGGCCGCUCCGCUGGAGCUCCUGCCGCCAUGUUCCAUGCCCCCUCCCCGCCAAUGCGAGGCUCCCACCACCGCCGAGCCAGAUCUGAGCUCGCAUUCCGCCUCCCGGAGGACGAUCAAGGUGCGGUCACUGUCGGGGGCGCCGACGAGGCGGGCUCCGAGGAUGACCUCUUCUGCACUUUCAUGGAUAUCGAGAAGAUGGGGUGCAAGCUGGAGGCCAGCGGAUUCGGGUCGGAGGGCGGCGGGGAAUGCACGGAUCGGACGGCGGAGAGCUCCGGGUGCAGCGGGGAGAAGAAGGUCGGUGAGAACGCCGCGGGAACGAGGUCCAAGCAUAGGUAUAGCGUUUCUGUCGACGGAUCGUCGUCGGAGGCGUUGCUAAAGAGGGAAGGGCUGUUUGGAGAGGUGAUGGACGCGAAGAGGGCUAUGGCACCGGGGCAGCUUGCGGAGCUCGCCGUCGUCGAUCCCAAGAGAGCCAAAAGAAUUCUAGCAAACCGACAGUCGGCAGCUCGAUCCAAAGAAAGAAAGGCUCGUUACAUAUCAGAACUUGAAAGGAAAGUUCAGACUCUCCAAACCGAAGCUACAACUCUCUCUGCACAACUAACACUAUUCCAGAGAGACACUGCCGGACUGUCUGUGGAGAACAAUGAGCUUAAGCUACGGCUACAAGCUAUGGAACAACAGGCACAAUUACGUGAUGCACUGAAUGAGGCACUAAAGCAAGAAGUUGAAAGAUUGAAGGUUGCAACAAGUGAAAUUUCAAAACCUGAACAACCAUACAUGGGACUACAUAAUGCACCUUACAACCCAUCAAUCAUCAUGCUCCCCCAACAACAGCAGUUCCACCACCAAGCUCUCCAGUUACAGCAUCCCCUUUACGAUCAGCCACUGCCUGGUGUUGCAAACCAGCAAAUGCUUAGACAUCUCAAAAGCCAUCCUGACGAACUGCAGCAAGAGCCCCUGGGAAGGUUUCAGGGAUUGGAUAUCAACCAAGGUUCUCAACUCACAAAAUCAGAGAGUUCCACUGUUUCAGUGAGUGAGAGCAGCAGCACUUUCUAACAAUCCCUAUACAACAACCUCACAGUAGACCUGUUGGGUUCAACACCCUGAUGCUACAUUCACGACAUGCUGUAUUCUUUAUUCAUUCAUUGUAUUUAUCUGAAGCUGUUUGCCAAAGUUCUGACGAGUGAAUCAUUGUCUCCUUGUUCAUCGGUCAAGGUUCCAAAUUUGGAUUUGUGCGCUUUAUCUUUGCAUGUUCAAUAAUAUGCAUUCAUCUUGUGUUCUCAGGUCAAAAAAAUGUG